CGGAGGCAAAUCUAAGGCGGUAACAUUUACGCUUUCCGAAUUUGUCAGAAUAAAAUAAAAUAAAUACGACAAUCAGUAUUCACCACGUUUUCUACUACUUCAAAUACUUCAAAUACAAUAAACCUCAUUUCAACUGCUCCCCGCGGAACCCUUGUCCGGCGACGUAUUUCAUACCGGGCUGUUUAACGGGCGGACAUGUUUCUCUGCUCAGCGGCAUACAUCAGCGAUGCUGCACACCCGUUAGCAGCGAUGUGAUUUACAGAAAAAACGAGCACCUCGCAGUUAUAACGUCAGUUUAAACAAAUGUGGCCGCUUUUUGACAUGUACCUAACUUGUCGUAGCGACUGUCAGAGCAGCCUUCAUGUUUUUAGCUAACGCUGGCUGCUGCUAAAGGAAUGGGUCGCUCGCAAGGAUGCUAACCACUUUAUACUGGACAUAACGUUAGCUGCGAUGUUUACGUUUUGUUUUGCGCUUUGGCAAAAUUAGCAACGCCACUGUGACUUAACAGCAGGGAUCUUUUCCGCCUCAGUCCACAGCCUGUGACCCAAAACAACACACAGGAUGCCCAAUGCCAGCGCACGGCCCAAGAAUGGCAGAAGGAGUCGAAGGCGACGCAGAGAGGACCCUGCCAGGAACGAGCUGGUCUCUAGUUCCCUCGAGAGCGCCCAGCAGUGCCUCUUCAACCAAGAUUAUGGAACUGCCUUUGUGCACUACCUCCUUGUCCUCAACCUUGCACCCAUGUUUAAGGACUUUGCCAAGGACUCCUUCAGGUUCACGCUUUUCAAGUGGACAGAGGAGCUGGACUCUGUGGGCCGCAUCCAGGACCUGUUUGACUGUUAUGAGCAAGCGCUGGAACUGUUUCCUGCCGAUGAGGUUAUCCUGAACAGCAUGGGUGAACACCUGUUCAGAAUGGGCUUCAGAGACGAGGCUGCGGGUCAUUUCCAUAAAGCCUUGAAGCUGAGACCGGACUAUCCUGAAGCCAGGGAGAACUUCUACCGUGUGGCCAACUGGCUGGUGGAGCGCUGGCAUUUCCUGAUGCUCAACGACCACGGCAGGAACCGGAAGUAUCAGCAAGCCAUUCAGAAGGCUGUGCAGAGCGGCUGCAACACUGUGCUUGACAUAGGUACUGGCACUGGGAUCCUUGGGAUGUGUGCUAAGAAGGCAGGAGCUGCUGAGGUGUACGCCUGUGAACUGUCAAAGACGAUGUAUGAGUUGGCCUGUGAGGUGCUGGCCGCCAACGGGAUGGAUGGUAGCAUCAAGAUCCUCCAUAAGAAAUCUCUGGAGAUGGAAGUGCCUAAGGACAUCCCACACAAGGUGUCCCUGGUAGUGACGGAGACGGUGGAUGCAGGAUUGUUUGGAGAGGGCAUCAUAGAGAGUCUCAUUCAUGCCUGGCACCACCUGCUGCUACCUCCUCAGAGAGGUGAGAAUGAGUUCCAGGAACAGUCCGCGACAGGACGAGUCAUUCCGGCUGGAGCCACGGUGUUCGGGAUGGCUGUUGAGAGCGCUGAGAUCCGGAGGCAUCACAGGCUUUGCGUGUCCGAGGUGGGCAGUCUGUCCAUGUCUGCAGCCGGAGAGCUCCACAGCCCAGUGAGCUGCAGCUCUGAACCCGAUGACUCCAUGGAGCCGUACACUACAGAGAGACUAAGCAGACUGCCAGGCGGAUAUAAAUCUCUCACUGAGCCGUUCACAGCCCUCGACAUAGAUUUCAACAACGUGCAGGAGCUGGAGGGGCUGAGCUCCAGGGAGGUUCGGAGGAUCCACCUGCCCAUCACUCAGGAGGGCGAGCUGGACGCUCUGGCCGUGUGGUUCCAGCUCCACCUGGACGAGGAGAGCAGUUUGUCUACUGGACCACAGGAGGACACCUGCUGGGAACAAGCCAUCUACCCUGUCCACAGCACCAAGGCUUUUCUCCUGAAGCCUCGAGACGAGCUGAUUGUUGAAGUCUCCUGCCGAGAUGCCUACUUGAGGCUCUGUAGUGUCGCUGUGCUGAGAGAUGGCCGUGAAAUCCGCCUAGACAAGCGUCUGGAUUCACAGCACUGUGAAAACCCUGUUUCCAAUCCAAACCCGGAGGCAGAACUGUGCAGUGCGCUAGCAAGCCUUAAGACUGACCAGAAUCAAAUGAAAGACUUCAGCAUGCUGGAAUGUUCAGAAAUGGCGCUCCUGAACAAUCAUGACUACCAUAAGAGUUUUUGCAGCGCGCUGGCCAAACUCAUCUCCCAGCUGAAGGUUAAAUGGCAAAACCAAGAGCGAACAUCAGGUGAUCAGUUAGACUGCAGUGACCUGUUCUAUGUCCUCGAUGUGUCAGAGGGCUUCUCUCUGCUCUCCCUCAUCGCCGCCAGCCGCGGUCAUGUAAAAGCGUACAGCUCUGUGGAAAAGAAGAAGCAACAGGAAGUCUUAAAAAGACUGGCUCGCUCUAAUAAUAUCCCAGAAGACCACCUGGAGUUCUGGCUCAACCAUGUGGAGGACGAGCAGGGGAUGCUGCAGAGGCCGUCCAGAGAGAAGCUGUGGAGCGCCAUCAUUUUGGACUGUGUAGAGACUUGUGGUCUCAUCAGACAGAAGCUGAUGGAGAAAGCUUCACUGGCCAGGUGUUUGCUGGAGGAAGGAGGAAGCAUCUUCCCAGCAAAGAUUGUGGUUCACGGUAUGCUGGUGGAAUCAGACACGUUGCUCCUGGAAAGUGCUGUCCAGGGUCAGGAGCCAACGCUGGGAUUCAAUAUCGCUCCCUUCAUCAACCAGUUCACUGUACCAGUCCACGUGUUUUUGGACUUUUCCACACUGGAGUGCAGGCAUCUCAGUGAGUCUGUGGAGCUCUUCGUUCUUGACCUAAUGAAUGCCACCGCAAACUACACUGACAGAGAAGUGAAGGUCCAAGCGACAUCUGCAGGCAGAAUAACUGCAAUUCCCUUCUGGUACCACAUCUAUCUGGACCAGGACAUCAGUGUCAGCACCUUCAGCCAGAACUCUCACUGGAAGCAGGCGGCUGUUGUGCUGCAGCAGCCCCUGGAGGUGCGAGCUGGUGACUGGGUCUGCCUCACCGUGAAGCUUCACAAGAGCACUAUCUCAAUGACAGCCCAUGUAGCGAACGCCCCCCGGCCAAUGGAGCAAUAAACUCCAACACUGUCGUUUAAUUUCUAUAUAUUUUAUGCCUCAAUCAAGCACAGUCAGUAAUUAAUUCCUUUACUGGUAUUGUUUAAAGAUUUACCUCCUAUAGUGUCAUUGUUCAUAAAUGGGAUACUAGUUUUAAAAUUUCCAAGUGUUUACACACGUUGGAUCUCUAUUUUGAGCUUUAGUUGAAUCCUUGUGAUGCAGAAAGAAAAACCUAUCAUUUAGAAACAGACUUUUUUGAACCUUUGUGUCACUUUUUUAUUUCAAACUGUGCUGUAAAAUAAUAGGACAUAUAAUCUGUACUUAUGUUUGUAAGUAUGUUAUAUGACUAUUAAAGUUUUCCCUUGUUUUUGUAAAGAUGUUUGUUGGUAUCAAUAAAAAACAUGUCAACAAUAA